AAAGCACGCGCACCGCGGUCGACAUACUUUCAACGCGUCAAUUGGAUCCUCGGACCACCUCUUCAGGCUUGACAACGAUGGCGCCCACAAAGAAACGCGAGAAUCAAUUCUUCAAUGUUGGAGUGCAGGGCAGAAAAACCGGCAUCACUCUCGAGGAUAGAGGUGUUCGCGAUGAACAUGGCAUGGAACCUAUCUCCGGUAUCUUCUCCUCGCCGGUGAAGUCUCCACCAAAGCGCGGAAGCUCUCGCAAGACUGGAGGCACCGUGACGACAUCAGAGUCUAUGGACAUCCAAGAGAGCACCAUUCCAGACAUCACCGACACAAUCCACGCCGGCCACCUCCUUCGCAGCGCUCGAACGAAACUGCCACCACCGAAAUCGCGCUCCCCUAUGAAAACUGCCCUCGGAUCAUCCCCACGACGACAAACUUCCAUGGGUCCUCGGUCCUCACUACACCAAGCAACAGCCAGCCCAAGCCGAGAAUCUUCACACCCGGCAGUCAGUCGGCGCUUGGACUUUGACCAAGAGGACUCCAGUCUACAGGAGACUCCUGCCUUGAGUGGUUCGGGCCAGCGCCGUGGCAAAGCGCGUGGCAAAGCGCGGGCGAAUAUAUAUGACAUCGAGCGUUCGCUAAGUCGGGAUGUCAGUGCAGCUCUCGAGGAUAGUAUAGUGCAAGGAGAUAUCUCAGUGAAUGAGAUUUCCGAAAUGCUAGAUGGGUUUGGCGAGGAGAGCUUUGACGGGGGCGUCGGGGACGGAUAUGAAUCAAUGAUAGGAACCAACGGGGUGGAUGCAUCUGCAGAUCUAGAUGAACCAGAGGUGGAACCCGAGCCUACUCCACAGCCCGUGAAGAGGGGAAGGAAGCGCAAGAGCGAUGCCAUUGAUUCGACUGUUGAAGAACCAUCCUCCGUAUCAUCUAGGCCAAGGAGGAGGGGUGCUGGAGCUGUUCAAGCGGCUUCCUCACAGAAAAGCAAAGUAGCAGAACAUCCACCAACUGCCAAACCACGAGGCAAGGGCCGAUCGAAACGCGUUUCUGAGAUGACCGAUCAGGAAUCAAGCACUGCGUUGGACAACUCCGUGGAUGAGACAGAAAACACGGAGAAAUCUAUUACUACCAAUCCAGGCAAAUCCCGAGGACGACAUCUGACCAAGGCUAAGCCCCAAGUGCAAAAUGCAUUACCAGCUAAGGAGAAAGGCGAGCCAGCAUUUAAGAAGCCAAAGGCGAUUACGAAGCCUGGAGCGAUUGCACGAUCCAAGUCUGAAUCAAAGACCAACGGUAAGAGUGUGGAACCUGAGGUACCGAAUGGUGGAAAGCUUGUUGAUAGUGCUGGGAACCCACUCUCCAAAGCCGAUAUUGACCACUUGUCUACCACUUCUACAGCAUCGAGAUACGGACGAGGCCGAACCUUGCUUUCUGUGUAUCGAGAAAUGGGUCCCGAUGAGGCGACAAAUGUUUCCAUGGCUCGCCAUUCAGGAAGACAUCUUGUUAAACCAGUUGACUUCUGGAAGAGUGAGAAGGUCACGUAUGCCAAGGAUGGCAGUCUAGAGUCAAUUGUUGUCAACGAAACACAAGAACCUCCCCCGAAAAAGUACACUGGGAGACCAAAGGGCAAGAAGCGGGCUCUUCGAGUCAUUGAAGAAGAAGACGAUGAUGUCGGACUUGAGGAUUGGGAAGAGAGGGAUGGCUUGUUCGUUGGUACCUUCAGAGGGUUCAAUCCAGUCGCAGAGGUUCCCACGAGCAACUAUUACGACGAUGCACUUGGUUGGUCCGAGAAGGGGAUCAGGCCGGUAGAUGUCCCCGAAGCCCAGUUCAAGUUCACGAAACUGGCGUCGGCUCCCAAUUCAUUUUUCAGCUGGGGAGCAAUCGACCUCCCAGUGAACGGUAGUAAGCGCACGAAGAACUGCCGACGAAUGCACAUGGUGUUCUUCGUUCAGACUGGAACGGUGACGGUUAGGGUUCACGACAAUGAGUUCACGAUCCGCAAGGGUGGACUCUGGCAAGUUCCUCGAGGGAAUACGUACAGCAUCACCAAUGUGGGCAAAGGGGUCGCUCGCAUCUUCUUUGCGCAGGCCCAUGAGCAGGCUCCCGUCGAGCCAGACCACGAGCAGGAGGACAACUAGGUCUGUCUUUCUCGCUGAGCCUAGACUUGCGUAGUUCUGGCGGUGAAGAGGGCCUAUCUGGCGGUGACAGACCGCAAAGUUGGAAAGUGGUACUAUGUAUGGUGCAAAAUGGCAACGGGGUAAAAUGGGUGGCGUGGAAUUUGGCCUCGGCUUCCUUCCAAGGCUGCUGAUGGUGGAG